AAGUGAAAAAAGAAAGGGAGGGAAUAUUUUUGUGAAGAAUAAAUUAGAAAAAAAUAAUUGGGUUUUCUCUCUGAUCCCAAAGGGACAUUAUCAUCAGGUGGCGACACGGCGUAAAAGACAAGAAGAUUAUUUAUUCAUCAGAUGAAUGAAUCUCCACCACCGUCCGUACAGUGACUGAACCAACAAAUAUGGCGGAUCCACGGCCGCUGCUGCUCAAUUCCGAGCAAACUCAGCUCAGACUCCCCCGAGUCGCCUCCGUGGACGUCUUCCGCGGCCUCUCUGUUUUUCUUAUGAUUUUCGUCGAUUAUGGUGGAUCCAUCUUCCCCGUAAUUCCUCAUGCUCCGUGGAAUGGAAUUCACCUCGCUGAUUUAGUUAUGCCUUUUUUUCUCUUUCUCGUUGGAAUUUCACUCGCACUUGUUUACAAGAGAAGGCCACAUAGAAGAACACAAGCCACAUGGAAAGCAUUUGUUAGAUCACUUCAGCUCUUCAUUCUUGGCAUUCUUCUUCAAGGUGGUUAUUUUCAUGGGAUAACAUCCUUAACUUAUGGUGUUGACAUUCAAAGUAUAAGAUGGUUUGGAGUUUUACAGAGGAUAUCUAUUGGUUAUAUAGUUGCUGCUUUAUGUGAGAUCUGGCUUCCGACUCUGCGAUGGAAACAAAUGGGUUUCAUCAGAAGUUAUUACUGGCAUUGGUUUGUUGCAGCAGUAUUGUUGGCAAUUCACUCGGGAUUGUUGUAUGGUCUAUAUGUUCCAGAUUGGCAGUUUGAUGUAUCAGCCGCUACCUCUUCUUUGCCUCCAAUUGACAGUGGCAAUGUUUACAAGGUGAAUUGUUCGGUGAGAGGAGAUCUUGGACCUGCCUGUAAUUCUGCUGGAAUGAUCGAUCGGUAUAUUCUUGGUCUUGACCAUCUAUACAAAAAGCCUGUUUAUAGAAAUCUUAAGGAGUGCAAUAUGUCUAGCACUGGCCAAGUUUCAGAUAGUUCUCCAUCAUGGUGUCACGCCCCUUUUGACCCAGAAGGCAUUUUGAGUUCCAUAACAGCUGCAGUUUCAUGCAUCAUUGGGCUCCAAUACGGUCACAUUCUUGCCCAUUUAGAGGAUCACAGAGGGCGCAUAAAUCACUGGCUUGGCUUUUCAGUUUCAUUUUUGGCUCUCGGAUGGUUCUUGGCUAUAUUAGGAAUUCCUCCAAAUAAAUCUCUGUACACAGUCAGUUAUAUGCUGCUUAGUUCUGCAGCUUCUGGUAUCACAUUUAUGGCUUUAUACGUUCUGGUAGAUGUUUACGGUCACAGACGUUUGACAAGUGCGUUGGAGUGGAUGGGAAAACACUCUUUGAGUAUAUUUGUCCUUGUAUCUUCAAACUUAGCCGUGAUUGCUAUUCAAGGAUUUUAUUGGAGGAAACCCGAAAACAACAUUAUACACUUGAUCGUCUCACGAUUUCAUCAGAAGUAACAUCUUGCUUAGUCAUAUUGGAUUUGCACGGUUCUGUCUCUCAAAGCAAAGUGUAUAUAUAUUUAUUCAAAUCAAAGUGACGAGAAGUGGGUACAAACAAACAGAAGCAUUCAUGUAUUGGUGACUGCGAAUUUGCAAGUCUUCAAUAACGUAUUCAAUAUGUAUUAGUAGUGACAUUUUUUGGGACAUGUAAAAUUUUGUCUUAGAUAUGUACAGGACAUGUUCGAUUCUUACGAGGUGUCGAGGCCUAAAAUCUUUUCAUGUAAAAUUUACACAACUCAAGUCACACCUUUGAUUAAUCUAAAUCUUGUUUUAUUUA